AUGCACCAACCCACUAUCUAUCUAUCUAUCUAUCUAUCUAUCUAUCUAUCUAUCUAUCUAUCUAUCUGUUGGUGGAUCUAUCUAUCUAUCUAUCUAUCUAUCACAUCAUAUUCAUUAUCUAUCUAUCUAUCUAUCUAUCUAUCAUUUCGUAUUCAUCUAUCACAUUAUAUUAUCUAUCUAUCUAUCUAUCUAUCUUCAUCUAUUUCAUAUUAUCAUCUAUUAUCUAUCUGUCAUUCAUUAUCUAUCUAUCUAUCUAUCCAUUCAUUCUCCAUCAUCUCCAUCUAUCUAUCUAUCAUGUUCAUCCAUCUAUCUAUCUAUCUAUCACAUUUCUUCAUCUAUCUAUCUUAUCUAUCUAUCUAUCUAUCUAUCAUCUAUCUCUAUCUUCGUCUGUUCAUUAUCUAUCUAUCUAUCUAUCUAUCUAUCUAUCUAUCUAUCUAUCACAUCAUAUUCAUUAUCUAUCUAUCUAUCUAUCUAUCUAUCUAUCUAUCUAUCUAUCACAUUUCGUACUUCAUCUAUCACAUUAUAUUCAUUAUCUAUCUAUCUAUCUAUCUAUCUAUCUAUCUAUCUAUCUAUCUAUCUAUCUAUCGCAUUAUAUUCAUCUAUCUAUCUAUCUAUCUAUCUAUCUAUCUAUCUAUCUAUCUAUCUAUCACAUUUCAUUGUUCAUCUAUCAAAUUGUGUUCAUUAUCUAUCUGUCACAUUAUCUAUCUUCAUCUAUCUAUCUAUCACAUCAUAUUCAUCUUCUCAUCUAUCUAUCUAUCUAUCUAUCUAUCUAUCUAUCUUCGUCUGUCUUAUCUAUCUAUCUAUCUAUCUAUCUAUCUAUCUAUCACAUUUCAUUCUUCAUCUCAUCUGUCAUCUAUAUCUAUCUAUCUAUAUCUAUCUAUCUAUCUAUCUAUCAUCUAUCUAUUAUAUCAUAUUAUCAUAUCUAUCUAUCUUCAUCUAUCUAUCUAUCACAUUUCAUUCUUCAUCUAUCAAAUUAUGUUCAUUAUCUAUCUGUCACAUUCAUCUAUCUAUCUAUCUAUCUAUCUAUCUAUCUAUCUAUCUAUCUAUCUAUCUAUCUAUCUAUCACAUCAUAUUCAUUAUCUAUCUAUCUAUCUAUCUAUCUAUCACAUUUCGUACUUCAUCUAUCACAUUAUAUUCAUUAUCUAUCUAUCUAUCUAUCUAUCUUCGUCUGUUCAUUAUCUAUCUAUCUAUCUAUCUAUCUAUCUAUCACAUUUCAUUCUUCAUCUAUCAAAUUAUGUUCAUUAUCUAUCUGUCACAUUCAUUAUCUAUCUAUCUACCUAUCUAUCUAUCUAUCUAUCUAUCUAUCACAUCAUAUUCAUUAUCUAUCUAUCUAUCUAUCUAUCUAUCACAUUUCAUUCUUCAUCUAUCAAAUUAUGUUCAUUAUCUAUCUGUCACAUUCAUUAUCUAUCUAUCUAUCUAUCUAUCUAUCUAUCUAUCUAUCUAUCUAUCUAUCACAUCAUUUUCAUUAUCUAUCUAUCUAUCUAUCUAUCUAUCUAUCUAUCUAUCUAUCUAUCACAUUUCAUUCUUCAUCUAUCAAAUUAUGUUCAUUAUCUAUCUGUCACAUUCAUUAUCUAUCUAUCUAUCUAUCUAUCUAUCUAUCUAUCUAUCUAUCUAUCUAUCACAUCAUAUUCAUUAUCUAUCUAUCUAUCUAUCUAUCUAUCUAUCACAUUUCGUACUUCAUCUAUCACAUUAUUCAUUAUCUAUCUAUCUAUCUAUCUAUCUAUCUAUCGAUUUAUCCAUCCAUCUAUUCUCAUCUAUCAAUCUAUCUAUCCAUCAAUCACAUCAUAUUCAUCUAUCUAUCUAUCUAUCUAUCAUUCUAUCACAUUCACAUUAUAUUCAUUAUCUAUCUAUCUAUCUAUCUAUCUAUCAUUUCAUUCUUCAUCUAUCAAAUUUUUCAUUAUCUAUCCCAUUCAUUAUCUAUCUAUCUAUCUAUCUAUCUAUCUAUCUAUUUUUUCUAUCUAUCACAUCAUAUUCAUUAUCUAUCUAUCUAUCUAUCUAUCUAUCUAUCACAUUUCAUUUUCAUCUAUCACAUUAUAUGCAUUAUCUAUCUAUCUAUCCAUCUAUCUAUCUAUCUUCGUCUGUCUAUUUUAUCUAUCUAUCUAUCUAUCUAUCUAUCAUCACAUCAUAUUCAUUAUCUAUCUAUCUAUCUUCUAUCUAUCUAUCACAUUUCGUAUUUCAUCUAUUCAUUAUAUUCAUUAUCUAUCUAUUCAUCUAUCUAUCUAUCUUCUAUCUAUCUAUCGCAUUAUAUUCAUUUCUUCUUUCUAUCUAUCUAUCUAUCUAUCUAUCUAUCUAUCACAUUUCAUUUUCAUCUAUCAAAUUGUGUUCAUUAUCUAUCUUCACAUUCAUUAUUUCUUUCACAUCAUAUUCAUUAUCCAUCUAUCUAUCUAUCUAUCUAUCUAUCUUGAUUUUAUCUAUCUAUUAUCUAUUUUCUAUCCAUCUUUCCAUCAAUUCCACAUUUAUCUAUCGUCAUUAUUCUGUCUUCAUUUUCAUCUAUCUACCAUCCAUCACAUCUAUCUAUCUAUCUAUCUAUCCAUCCAUUUUAUCCUUCUCGUUAUCUCAUCUAUCUAUCUAUCUAUCUAUCUUCACAUUUCAUUCUUCAUCUAUCAAAUUAUGUUAAUUCCAUCCAUCUCCAUCUGUCCACAUUCCAUCUAUCUAUCUAUCCAUCCAUCUAUCUAUCUAUCCAUUUCAUCUUCCAUCCAUUAUUUCUAA